GUAGUUAGUAGAGUCAGAAGCGAGUGAGAUUCAGAGGGACGGAUGAGACAGCAGCGGGUGGAAGCAGGCUGAAAUUUGUUUUUGUAGAGAAAAGAAAGGAGUGGAGAGAGCAUUUUUGUGCUUUUGCAGAGUGUAACAUGUGGUUCGGUUGGGUGAUGCUGUUUUUCUGUCUCUCCCAAACAGAACUGGCCAAAGUUUGGGAACAACAGCAGACAGAUGUUUUGUACAGUGUGAUCCCGCAUCAGCGUGAAGAGUCAGCUGCUGGCUACAGAGUUCGAAGAUCUUCUUUGGGGAGAACAAGCCGGGCAGUUCUGGGUGGAGGACUAACAAUCAACACGUUGCCAAACAACAUGACACAUGUAGUGGAGGAUUCUGGCAAGUAUUACACGUGGCGCAGGUUUGGACCUGAGGACCAGCGAACCCAGGACCUGUGGUUUGACAUGACAGACGUUCGACAUGGCCAAGUUAGAGUCCACAGCAUUCUGUCAAAUUCAUACAAACAGGCUGUGAGAGUCGCCUUGUCUUUUGACUUUCCUUUUUACGGACAUUUCUUGAGGCAGAUUACCAUUGCAACAGGAGGAUUCAUCUUCACUGGAGAUGUUAUUCACCGCAUGCUUACCACCACACAGUACAUCGCCCCUCUGAUGGCUAAUUUUGACCCCAGCUACUCUAAAGACUCCACUGUUCAGUACCUGGAUAAUGGAGAGGUGUUCGUGGUCCAGUGGGAGAGGGUUCGACUUCCAGGCAAAGAGUCAGCUGGAGGCUUCACGUUUCAGGCUGCUCUUUAUAAGACAGGAAGAAUCUCUUUCAGCUACAGAGAUAUUCCUCUGACACUGGAUGUGAUCGGAUCGGCUGAACACACAGUGAAGGCCGGAUUGUCAGAUGCCUUCAUGGUCAUGUCAUCCACGUCACAAUCACCAGAUGGAGCUCAGCAAACGAUCUAUGAGUACCAUCGAGUUGAAAUCGACAUGACAAAGAUUACCAAUUCAUCUGCUGUAGAGCUCACACCACUCCCCACUUGCCUCUUACAUGACAGCUGUGAGCGCUGCCUCUCCUCCAACCAAACGUCUGUUUGCAGUUGGUGUAACGUUCUCCAGAGGUGUUCAGAUGGAAUGGACCGUCACAGGCAGGAAUGGUUGGAUUAUUCUUGUUCGGAGGAGAGCAAAGACGCAACUUGUGAUGAUUACUUCAAGGAGGAUGGUUUCACGGCUUCUUCUGUUGCACCAAAAACAGAGGACACAACACCUUUAAUUCCAGAACAAAGAGACUGUACAGAUGAUGAGAUUUUCAUUAUGGGCAGUGAUGUGAAAACAGAGUCUUCAACCAAAAGUAAAGAACUGUCUCACACUGGCAUCAUAGCGGGGAUAGCAGCUGCUCUGGUCUUACUCUUGGCUUUGAUACUUGUCGCCAUUUGCAUCCAUUGCUAUCCUACCGGCUUAUCACCGCUCUACCUCAUCCAGAGACGCAAAAACUACUGGCCGUCCAUGAAGUUCCAAAAUCAGCGGCCAGGAUACACAGAAGUGGAGGGAGAAGGUCAUGAAAAAUACAGCAUCGUUGAAGCUGGGCCAUGUUGAAAUGUGCAAAUCUGUGCAACCAUCUAUGUUUUAAAUUGAAGUUUUACUUUGAAGCACUGUGACUUCUUUUUUCCCAUAAAAAAUAUAAACAUAUAUGAUAUUUUGGAACAGUGUAGCUGAGUUUUACAUUAUAUUUGGUGACAAUUAGGCAGUAUUUGCACACUGAUCAGUUUCACAUGAAAGGUGUUCACAAGUAGAGCUAUGUCUUAUAAAGAGUCUUAUAAACUUAAGUGAGCGCUCCUUCAUUGAUCCAAUAAAGAAAAUGAAAAAAGGAAGUUUUAGUUUCUUGUGCUUUCAACUGAAUGUUUUUACAAAAUCCUGAGUCUGUUGUACAGUGCAAAUUUGAUUUGUUUUUAUUUUUUUGCAGAUAAAGGUGAGAGAAGUGUGCUGUGCGUUUGUAAUUACCCUCAUUUUAUUCUGAUUCCUCUAUAUAAAGUAUAUUGAAACCAAGUCACUAAAAUCAAUAAAGAGAGUUCUCUUGUGUGUAAUUUAA